GUGCUAACACACGUGUGGACGAGAAAGAGAGAUAAAGCCAGCCGCGGUUCCGUGCGCACCGCGCAGCCGAACGGCAUGCUGCGGUGGCACGCCGGCGCCAGCACCGUCGCUCCCACCCCGCCUCCGCCCGCGCCCGCGCCCGCGCCCGCGCUGCCGCACCCGCUCGCGCGCGGCCGCCUCCGGCCGUGCCGCGCGAAGAAGCCAGCGGACGACGACGACAGCCCAGCCGGAGGCAGCUUGUUGCUCUCCAAGAGCGUCCUGCUGCGGUCCGGCGUCGGGCUCUUCGCCCUCGGCUUCGUCGAUGCCGGGUACAGCGGCGACUGGUCUCGCAUCGGCGCCAUCUCCAAGGACACCGAGGAGCUGCUCAGGCUGGGCGCCUACGUCGUCGUGCCGCUCUCUCUGGCCCUCAUAUUUUCGUUGUCCCAAGACAGCAGCAAGUAAACCAUAGGAUUUGUGAAGAGUCAUCAGCUGCAUACUACUUUGUGAACAGUAGUAUCUUAUUAUAGCACUAAGCGAUCGUUUAUCGUGUUUCGUGCUGCUAAUCGUUGGUCUUUACCGACGAACUGGAGUAAAAUCAGAACGUGCUUCGUUCUGUGAUUCUCAGUUUGCUGAGGAGUGAAGAGAAAACGUGCGAGUUCAAGUAAAUGCAUGCUGCUGCCUGCAAUGUGUAGUUACAGCAGAGGGAUCCAGGAGAAUGUCAGUUGAGGAUCAAAUGCA